AUGAGUACCAGUGAUAAUAAGGAAGAGCAGUGCCAGAAUUGUUCACCAAACGAACAGCGUCUCAUAUGCGGUAUUUGCAAUAGCGUCAUUUUAUUAGCUGGUGUUGGACGUUGGACUAAUAAGGAGGAAGUGCUGCCAUUAUGUCGACAGCAGAAGGAUGUAGAUACUCAAAAGGAAGCUGUGAGUGGGUUCUGGACAGUACGCGACAUGUAUGAUUUCGAAAAUGUUGGUUUCACGAAUUCGGUUGACGGUAUGAAAUAUCUUACAUGUGCCGAUUGCGAGUACGGCCCUAUCGGAUUCUUGGAACCUGAGGCUAAGCUUCACUAUGUCAGUUCUACUAGGAUUACUUAUGGAUAA